GCGGAGGCAACGAUUGGCCUGCGGCCGCUUGCGACAAAGGUGGCACCGGCAGGCUGCUGUAAGGUGAUGGUGGCCGGCGGGCCAUGCUGCUGAAGCUCCUGCAGAGACAGACCUAUACCUGCCUGUCCCACAGGUAUGGGCCCUGCCUUUGCCUCGGAGGCAUCGUCCUCAUGAUCGUCUCCGCCCUGCAGUUCGGAGAGGUUGUUCUUGAGUGGAGCCGGGACCAGUAUCAUGUCUUGUUUGACUCUUAUAGAGACAACGUUGCUGGGAAAUCAUUUCAGAAUAGGCUUUGCUUGCCUAUGCCUAUUGAUGUGGUGUACACCUGGGUGAACGGCACAGAUGUUGAGCUGAUCAGGGAACUGCAACAAGUGAGGAAACAGAUGGAAGAAGAACAGAGAAUAAUGAGGGAAAUUCUUGGAAAGAAUGCAACUGAACCAACUAAGAAAAGUGAGAAGCAACUGGAGUGCUUACUGACACACUGCAUCAAAGUGCCAAUGCUUGUCUUGGAUCCCGCUUUGCCGAACAACAUCACUCUCAAGGACCUGCCCUCUGCCUGCCCUCUGUUGCGGUCAGCCAACAAUAUCUUCCCUGUCGCAAAGCCAAAGAAUCCUUCUACCAAUGUCACCGUAGUUGUUUUUGGCAAUUCUAAAGAAGCUGAAGACGCCCAUUUUCAGAUGUUAAAGGAGACCAGCAAGCAAGCAGUGUGGAGGGGUUAUUUGACUACAGACAAAGAAGUUCCUGGUUUAGUGAUAAUGCAAGACUUGGCUUUCCUCAAAGGAUUUCCACUUACAUUUAAAGAGACAAAUCAGUUAAGAACAAAACUGCCAGAAAACCUUGCUUCCAAGAUAAAGCAGUUGCAGCUUUAUUCGGAGGCUGGUGUAGCUCUCUUGCAACUGAAUGACCCUAAAGGUUUCCAAGAGCUGAACCAGCAAGCUAAGAAGAACAUGACCAUAGAAGGAAAAGAAUUGACACUUAAUCCUGCUUAUUUAUUAUGGGAUCUCAGUGCCAUCAGCCAGUCUAAACAGGACGAAGAUAUUUCGGCCAGCCGCUUUGAAGAUAACGAAGAGCUGCGAUAUUCACUUCGAUCAAUAGAGAGGCAUGCGCCGUGGGUGCGGCAUAUCUUCAUAGUCACGAAUGGACAGAUUCCUUCCUGGCUUAAUUUGGAUAACCCUCGAAUAACUAUAGUAACGCAUCAGGAUAUAUUUCAGAAUGUGAGUCACCUGCCCACCUUUAGUUCCCCUGCCAUUGAAAGCCACAUUCACCACAUUGCAGGCCUGUCCCAGAAGUUCAUUUAUUUAAAUGAUGAUGUGAUGUUUGGGAAGGAUGUUUGGCCUGAUGAUUUCUAUAGUCACUCCAAAGGUCAAAAGGUUUAUUUGACUUGGCCUGUGCCUAACUGUGCUGAAGGAUGUCCUGGUUCUUGGAUUAAAGAUGGCUACUGUGAUAAAGCCUGUAACAACUCUGCGUGUGAUUGGGAUGGAGGCGAUUGCGCUGGUAACAGCGUGGGUAACCGUUAUGGUGGUGGUGGUGGAGCUGGUGUUGGUGUGGGAAAUGCCCCACCAUGGCAAUUUGGUGCAGGAAUAAGUGGAGUUUCUUACUGCAAUCAGGGUUGUGCGAAUUCAUGGCUGGCUGACAAAUUCUGUGACCAGGCAUGCAACGUCCUUUCUUGUGGAUUUGAUGCUGGUGACUGUGGACAAGAUCACUUUGGUGAGCUGUACAAAGUGACUCUUCAAAAGAACCAGACUCAUUAUGUCAUUCCGAAAGGCGAAUAUCUACCUUAUUUCAGUUUUGCUGAAAUAGCCAAGAAAGGAAUUGAGGGUGCUUAUAGUGAUAGCCCAAUAAUCCGCCACGCUUCCAUUGCUAACAAAUGGAAGACGAUCCACCUGAUAAUGCACAGUGGAAUGAAUGCAACCGUCAUUCAUUUUAAUAUUACAUUUCAAAGCAAAGAUGAUCAAGAGUUUAAGAUGCAGGUAACCCUGGAGGUUGAUACAAGAGAGGAGUCAAAAACAAAUACAACUUCCACCCAGAAACCUGAGGAUGAUGUUAAAGCUACAACUUCAGUGCCAGAAGCUGAAAUUAUAUUUGAGGAUAUUCCUGAAGAAAAGCUCUUUCCAAAAAUUAAAAAACGCCCAAAUGGCACAACCGAGAAUCUGGUUGAAGACAUAAUUAUUGGAGCUGUGAACAUGUCUGCCCUUCCCAAAGAUGUGAAGCUGGCUCUGCAGAACCUAGAUUUGCAGCUAAUGAUUGGUGACAUCACUCAGAAAGGGUACAAUCUGUCUAGGGCUACUCUCCUGAGACCCUUUGAAAUGAUGCCUGCAGCAACAAAGGCAGCAGUAAGCAAUUCUCAGGAGAUCAAGAAAAAGGAAGUGCAUGAUGGCUUGAUUAAUGGGAAGAAGUUCAUGAUUUGGCAGAAACCUUUACCAAAUGAGAACGAUGGCAAAAUAGAAGUUGAAGAAGAAAUGCAGAAAACGUCUCCCAUGGGAUUUGCACCUCCUCUUGUGUCAAUGAAGGUUAAUAGCCAUUUUCCACUAAGGCGCACCUCUACAGUGAAAACUAAAUCUGCACCUGUAAUCCAGAAUGUGGGCGAAAAGUACGCGUCUUCGGAGAAAACCCUGAAUGCCCUUGUGCAGAAAGAAACUCAGAAGUCAAAAGGUAUCCGGGAAGGGAAAAGGGCAGACAGGAAGGAAGACGAGGUGGAGGCCAAUCCAGCACUUGCCAAGGAAGAUGCUGCAGGAGGUCAAGCUUUACCAAGAAGGAAAUUGCAGUAUUAUACUGGAAGUUAUCGAGGCUUUUUGCCAUGGGAGAAACAUAAAUAUUUCCAAGACCUUCUGGAUGAAGAAGAGGCUCUAAAGAAGGAGAUAGCUUACUUUACAGAUAGUAAACUGAUUGGGAGGCAGCUGAAAGAUACAUUUGCUGAUUCUCUCAGAUAUGUAAAUAAGCUUUUAAAUGGCAAAUUUGGAUUCACGUCUCGCAAAGUUCCUGCUCAUAUGCCUCACAUGAUUGAUCGAAAAGUCAUGCAAGAACUACAGGACCUAUUUCCUGAGGAAUUUGACAAGACCUCCUUUCAUAAAGUACGCCACUCUGAAGAUAUGCAGUUUGCCUUCUCGUAUUUCUACUAUCUCAUGAGUGCACUUCAGCCACUGAAUGUCUCCCAGGUUUUUGAUGAAGUUGAUACUGAUCAAUCUGGAAUUUUAUCUGACCGAGAGAUUCGUACAUUGGCCACAAGAAUUCAUGAACUCCCUUUAAGUUUGCAGGAUUUGACAGGUCUGGAGCAAAUGUUAAUAAAUUGUUCUAAAUCCCUUCCAGUCAAUAUCACUCGGAUUAAUAUCAUACCACCAACACAGGAAGCAUAUUAUGAUCCCAAUUUGCCUCCUGUGACUAAAAAUCUGCUAACCAACUGCAAGCUUGUGACUGAUAGAAUUCGUAAAGCGUAUAAGGACAAAAACAAAUACAGGUUUGAGAUUAUGGGAGAGGAGGAAGUGGCUUUCAAAAUGAUCCGUACCAAUGUUUCUCAUGUAGUUGGGCAACUUGAUGACAUACGCAAAAACCCCAGAAAAUUUGUUUGCCUCAAUGACAACAUCGAUCACAUUCAUAAGGAUGCUCAGACAGUAAAGGCAGUACUUAGGGAUUUUUACGAAUCAAUGUUUCCCAUCCCAUCCCAGUUUGAGUUGCCAAGAGAGUAUCGGAACCGUUUUCUUCAUACACAGGAGCUUCAGGAAUGGAGGGCCUACAGAGACAAGCUGAAGUUCUGGACGCAUUGUGUGUUAGUGACAUUGAUUGUGUUCACAGUCACUUCAUUUUUUGCUGAGCAGUUAAUAGCUCUCAAACGAAAAUUUUUUCCAAGGAGGAGGAUUCAAAAAGAAGUUUGUCACGAGCGAAUGAAGGUGUAGAAGACUUUUGUUUGUAAAUCAGUCUACCUCAACAUGUGAUGAGCAUGUAAAAUCUUUUGUUUCAGAAGUGUCUUGAUAGUUGUGUCCUGGGCAUGAUCAGAAAUGCCCCCAUCCAUUAUAGCCUUUGUGACUGUGUGUGACUCAUGCUACUGAACUUAGGGUGAGGGAGGAACAGGUGUGCGGCCAGCAUUAUCUCCUGAGUGCAUUAUCCUUUUUAUAAAAAGGGUUACUGAAAGAAACAAUAGCUGCAUUUAUUGCAGUAGCCAUUGCCAACUAAAUAUAACAUUGAGAAAUUAUUUCUGUUAGAUAUGUCCCUGAGCUUGCAUCCCAGCACAUUUGGUGAGUUGUUGUACAUUCAGUCAGUACCUCACUCUUUUUAUCCUGUUCUUUGAACAACAAAUCCCUAUUAGGGCAGUAAUCCUGCAUCCUGAGUGCAGGAUAUGGACCAGCUCUUAUAUUGGCCCACUGUACCUUUCCCCUCCACUAUUGCUUGACACUGCUAUGCCAUAUGUUCCUUGCUGCAGCCAGUCAAUUCAUGUCAAUAAGGAAGAAUUGCCACACUCAUUCUUCCUCAGACUCCUGACCUGUAGGCUGCUCUGGAAGAUUAGGAAAAGUGUCACAUGCGGAGGAUCCUAAGACAGAAUGAGCUUCUGGAUGCUUGUAGGAAAGCCCAAGUAGCCUUCUAUUGUCAUGAAUUGCCUGUCUGUAUUGCUGCACAACUGGAAUACCAGUAGCUUGAAUGGGGCAAGGAUAGUGCUAAAGUACAUCUAUAAGAGCUGUUGUACGUCUUGCUCUUCAAGCACAAAAGGGCAAUGUUGUGACCCCUUUAAUUACCAUCUAUGCGUCGUAAAGUAUCUGUAAUGUAAACAUAUUAAGAAUUAAACCGUAGGGUAUUCCCUGAUUAAAGGUUGGAAUGAUAAUAACGCCUUGUUGCUAUAUUGUUCUGCUAGAUGAGAAAUGAUGCAUAAAGAAAAUUGGCUCCAAUCUCUGAUGCCAAUGUAAUGUCUUUGCUGAUCAAAAUGUAAAUUGCAGCAUAAUCAUUGUAUGCCUAAUUAAAAGUGUAGGGCUAUAAUCAAGUAAAAGGGGCUUGGAUGUAACUAUUAUUUAUAAAAGCACUGUAUAUUUAGCAGCAAAAGUGCCUCGCCAGAUAAGUUGUCAAUACACUAUAUUGUUUUAAUGGUAUAAAUGUGUUAGCAUGAUAGAAUAAUUUCUCAUAUCAAGCAUUGAUUUUCAAAAUAUUAGGGAUGAACUCUGGAGAUUUGCCCUAUUUUGUCAAGACGUAUCUCAAACCAGUAAAAGAAAAAGGGACACUUUUCAAGUAGAUAUUUUUGGAAGAAAUAUCUUUAAUCAUGUUAUUAGCAACUUUAAAUCACAACAAAAACAAUUUUAUAAUGAAGAUAUGAGAUUUUCAGUGUGCUGUAAAAUAUAUGCUUUUAAUAAUGCUAUUGAUUGAAAAAUGUUAUACUGUGUGUGUCAAGAAGAAAAAAAUGAUCAGCUGUUUAAUGCUCUGAAAAGUGUUAAAUAUUUUUAAAUCGAAAAGGCACCUUAUUUCUUUAUCCAGUGCAUACACCUAAUUUUAAAUGAAAUAAAUCUGGUCCAACUUC